ACAUGGAAGGCGGAAGCGACAUCCUUGUUCGCAAUAGACAUAGACACGAUGCAGCCUCUAAACUCCAGAUAAUUGCAGUGCUCGUAGCAUGCUUAGGACCCAUGUCUUUUGGCUUCGUUCUAGGGUACACCUCUCCUACACAUAAGCAAAUGAAAGACGAGAAAAUCCUCACAGACAACGAAGCGUCAUGGUUCAGUGCCCUCGUAGCAAUAGGGGCAAUCGUAGGAGGGCCGGUUGCUGGCCAGAUGGUCGGCUGGUGUGGACGUAAACUGACCAUCAUGCUUGGAGCUAUACCUUUCGUAGUUGGCUGGAUGCUUAUUGCCUAUCAGAAAGGACUAUGGAUGUUACUUGUUGGACGUUUCCUGACUGGUUUCGCCACUGGCUGGACAUCUCUGUGUGUUCCCCUCUACAUAGCUGAGGUCGCAUCUAAACAUCUCCGUGGUACCCUCGGCGCUUUUAACCAGUUGUCUGUGACUAUCGGCAUCCUUCUUGCUUAUGGACUUGGGAUCCCUCUUUCCUGGUCCUGGUUGGCAGUAUCCGGGGCAGUGAUUCCCACCUUAAUGGCUGUCCUGAUGGUUGUGAUGCCAGAUUCACCAAGAUGGUUGCUAAGGCAGAAACGAAUGAUUGACUCACGCACGAGCCUGAAGAGACUAAGAGUAAAGUCAAGUGAUGCUGAUGAAGAGUAUGAUGAAAUGUUACAGCACAUGACAGAUGAUGAUCAGCCAUUUUCGCUUGGCCAAUUCCGACAGCCAGACCUUUACCACCCCUUGUUGAUCAGUGUGGGUCUCAUGGUGUUCCAGCAGUUCAGUGGCGUCAAUGCCAUCAUGUUCUAUGAUGCUCCUAUCCUUGAAAAGGCAGGUUUUUGUGAACCAAAGACUGCAGCAGUUAUUGUGGGUGCAGUGCAAGUGGUGGUGACAUUCCUGGGGAGUCUGCUCAUGGAGAAAGCCGGAAGGAGAGUCCUGCUAAUUCUGGCAGGGAUAUUGAUGACAUUGAGCAGUGGGGUGUUUGGUUUAUACUUUUUUCUCACCAAGCAUUUAGGUAUUGAUAUUACUGGCUGGCUGUCUGUGGUAUGUUUGGUUGUAUUCGUCUCUGCAUUUGGGAUAGGCUGGGGUCCCAUUCCAUGGAUUAUAAUGUCAGAGGUGUUCCCAGCCAGGGCCACAGGCACUGCCAGCGGGAUAUCUAUCUUUACUAACUGGCUGGGAGUCUUUCUAGUGACUUUCUUCUAUACUACACUGGACCAUUCACUGACUAGCUAUGGGGCCUGGUGGCUGUUUACAGGGCUGAACCUCCUCGGUGUGGUGUUUGUUUUUAUCUUUGUUCCCGAGACUAGAGGUCACACACUAGAGCAGAUCCACACCUCUUUCCGGUCAACAGCUGGGAGGUCGAGUGACCAAACAGAUGAAGAAGAGGCUCUCAUUAAUCAUGCUAAUAUAUCUUGAAUUUAUUAUGAAAAUGUCCCAGAAAUUGGCAGCUCAAUAUCAGUUUGUUUUCACGAAAUGUGUAAAAUAUUUAAAUAGUGGUACCUUCAGAUAUGUCCUAAGACCGAUUGUUCUUUUUAACGGAAUAACAUGUCCACUACUAGUAAUUAAGGAGAUUCUUAACAGAGUAGGAUUUGUUGCUCAUGCUUUAAACUAAGAUCUAAUAUACCGUUUAUUAGAUCUUAGCUUUAAAGAAAUAGUUGUAGAUUUAGAAUCAUAUUUUCCAGGAUGAUUGUUUGUUUUAAAUUAGAUGAAAUUGAUAAAGUUGAACAACUUUCUUUGAGAUACUCUUUUUUUUUUUGCAGUAAACUAAAUUAAUAUAUAUAUAUAUAUAAUUAAAGUUUAUGUACAGCAUUUAAUAAAAAUACAGUCACUGUCAUUAUUAAAUGAAAGUUAAUCAAUAUUUUUCUAACCAUAUAUUGCACAACAACAUAUAUAGCAUUGCACAAAACCACAAAUGUAGUUCGGGGAAUACAGUAUGUAAUUGAAAUAUAUCUCACUUAUUUAAAUGCCUCAUGUUACAAAACCCUUGUAAAUAUUUUGAGAUUAUACAAAAGGGUGAAGGGUUAUUUAUUUAAAUUCAACUUGGUGAAAUGAUAUAAUGUUUUUACGAAAGAAGUGUGGUAUCAAAGUAACUAUUUUCUUUUGUUUAACCUAAGCAGAAGAGGUUUUUUUUUUUCAUUUUCUUUAUGACCUCGU